AUGAUCAACGCCGUCUUGGUCUUCAACAACAAUGGGCAGCCCCGGCUGACCAAAUUCUACACCCAGCUCGACACAGCAGUCCAACAACGCCUCAUCUCCGAGAUCUUCACCCUCGUCUCCGCCCGCCCGUCCAGCAGCUGCAACUUCCUCCCGCUCCCGCCCCUUCUCGCACCCGCCAACACCUCCUCUAGUGCUGCGCACAAUGACGCACCCUCCCUCGUCACCUACCGCCAUUACGCUACGCUCUACUUCAUCAUGAUCUCCACAUCCACCGAAUCUCCUCUCGCCCUCUUGGACUUGAUCCAGGUGUUUGUGGAAGCGCUGGACCGGUUGUUCGAGAACGUGUGCGAGUUGGACUUGAUCUUCAACUUUGAGACGUUGCACGCGGUAUUGGGGGAGAUGAUCGUGGGUGGGGUGGUGGUUGAGACGGGGUUGGAGAAGGUGGUGGAGGGAGUGAGGAGUCAGGGACGGGUGGCGAAGAGGCCGGUUAAUGAGGGGAGGAGUGGGUUGGCGCAGGGGAUUUGGGCGGGGAGGUGA